AUGGAAGCUAAGGAAGAAUCUUCAUCAAUGAGGAAUAUACAGGAACAAGAAUUAGUUAACGUAGAGCACAAAUCGAGUAAAGACUCGUUAAAGGAAAGAGGACAAGGUGAUGGCGAUGACGAAGUGUGCGAAACAACGUCAAACGAAAAAGAAACUUUUACACAAAUUGUACAGAGGUCAGCUGAUACACAAACUAAUACAAGCUUAGAACCUAAUGACCAACAAUCCAUUUCUGUUGAACACGUAGAAAGAUCACAUAUGGCCAUUUCAAUUUACGAAAAUAGUGCAACAAGUUCACAUUGUAUAAGGCAAGCAAGCUGUAGCAAGAAUUUGACUAAUUCUAAUGAUUUUAUAGGCUCCCGUUGUGAAAAAGCUCCAAGUGAAAGUGAAAAAACUAGUAACGAAAAGCUCUACAUUUGUGAAAUUAAUGAACCUUCUACAAGUGGCCUUCCUAUAGCUUCAACUAGUAAGUGUGAAAGUAUAUCUUGUAAUAGUGAAGGAAAAGAAAAUAAGAAAAGACCAUCAACACUAAGGCUCAAAAGGCCCGUGCCUGAAGGUGAAGACAGUUCAAGUGAUACAGGAAAUGAUGAUUAUUCACUGGGGUCCGAAGAUGGUUGUAUUUAUACAUAUAGAGGUGGUGAACAUUUAGCUGAUCUACCAAGUUCUUUCUUUAGCUUAGAUAUGGGAUUGCCGUUGACUCCAAAUUCAGCAAUAGCUCCAGCUGUGCCAGCAGUACCUCAAGCAGUAAAUAACAGACCUGGUUCACGAGCUUCCAGUCCUGAUAUGGAUUUCUUGGAAAUGGACUUUGAUCCUGGACCCUCCUGCGAAGCAGACACAGGUGACGAAUCAACACCUGAAGCUGAUAUAGAAGUUGUCAGUGUUCCUGAAGUCAAUGAGCAUGUUAUAAGAGGAACAUCACCGGAAUAUCAGCCUGGUGUGGUACAGCCACUUAUGCAUCCUGUAGCACAAAGCAGCACUGUUAAACCAUCAAUAUUUGAUGUGCCAUCUACUAGCAGUGAUAAUGUUCAUGUGCAGGAUCACUGUACCAUAGUUAAAAAGUUAAGGGUAACUCGUACAGAGUACAUCACUCAUGUGAAUGUUAGAGGAGAACGACUAAGGGUUCGAAGGACAAUGGCAUAUCACCCAAAUCCUGAACCAGUUACUGCACAUGGCUCCAGUGGUGAUUUGGUAUCAGCUAGAGAAAUUUUAAAUUACAAUGAAGAAAAAAAGGAUGUAGGCAUGGCUCAUCAAAUAAAUCAAGGGGAAAAUGCAACAAUUGACUCGGUUAACUUGACAACAGCAUUAUAUCAUGUCAACAUGGCGAAGAGACUUAUGGAUGAUCAGCCUAAAAGUGAUGAAGUUCAAAGUUCUACUUGUGAGAAUGCUGACCCUGUGGCUGGUCCCUCACAGGCUAGUGAACCUUGUGUAGAAGCUCCGCGGUGCAUGGUGUGGUCGGAGCGAGAAGCAUGUGAAAGACAAGUCACGCAGAUAGGCACAUCUGCCUGUGGAGCUACAGCGAUAGUUAAUGUUUUUCUUGCACUAGGAGUUCCUGUAAAUACUGAAAGAAUUAAUGUUGCAGUAGGCACAAGACAAAGGGCCAACAAUGCACCUAUACCAAGGUAUUUAUUGUCACGCUCUGUGGCGGGUUGUACGGCGUCAGAUCUCGUCACGGGCAUACAAAAGGCUUCAGAUGGCUUGGUCACAGCGAGAUUCUUCCCAACAUAUCCCGAAAGAAGUCUUUCAUUGUUACAUUGGCUUGCUGAUUGGAUUUCAUUGGGUGCAGUACCAAUCCUCACGUUAAACCUUCAGCUGGGUAGCGAAGGUGAGAUCCCAGAUGCCUGGCAUCAUCAGAUGGUGUUUGGGGUGUCUCCCAGGGGAGUGUACCUGUGUAAUCCAGUGGAAUGCGUCUCCGAAGGGGUUGUCUGGUCACGACUGGUGUCUCCUUCAGUGCUUCUGGUGAGGUCAAGGGAUAUCGUGGCCAGAUUUGACCCGGAGACUGAUAUGUCCCCGUUGACAGCGGUGCCUGAUAUCCGGUUUCAUAGGAUGAAUGUGCUUGGUCAAGUAGCAAACGUCCUUCGCGAAUGGCGUUACUCGGGUUGUACGGAAGCGGAUACGCGUACACGUCACAUAGUGAUCCCGGCUUCGUACCAGGCCGGGGUCACUGUGGCGGCUCUCACGGGCUCCGAGGCUCAUAGGCGCCUCAUGCACGCUCCGCAUUUAACUGCCUAUACAGAGCCAUGA